UGGCUUAGGGGUUUUAAUGUACUCGUAAGAACUUUUAAUGCGAGAAAUACAAAAAAGCCAUAAUAUACUCCCUCGAGAAACAUGCCCUCCAUGUUUCAUCCAAUCAAACACUCAUACUCUUCAAGAAAAUAAGGGAGAGAAAGAGAGGUCGGGCUAGGGUUUCGGGCGCUGAAUUCAAAUUGUAAAUAAAUCGAAGAAGAAUUGGGGGUGGAGAUGGAUGUAGACGAGUUUGCUGGGAAUGAUGGCUGCGGAGGAUCAGACUCAAAGUCAGAGUCCUGGAAAUCGAAGCGUCUCCGUGGAUCGACAUCUGAUAAAGCAUCUUCAGAACGGAUGAUGAAGGUGUUAGCAGAGAAGGUAUCUUUUCCAGCUGUAUCCAAGGCUCGACUAAAACAGAUUAAAGUUUCGAUGUUGGUCUCCCUCUCCGACUCCUGGGAUUCCCCUGACCCACAUGUGCCCCCAACGUUAUUACACAAGCAGUUGGUCGAGAAUGCUCUUGAGAGUUCCAAAAAGCUGUUAGGCUGGUGGUUCUUCCCCUUUGACAAUACCGCAUUUCUUGAGAACAAGAUUGUUGUUCUUUAUCUGUACAAAGAAAAUGAAACAUUCCUCGCAGAUAAAUUGGCUGCAUGGUAUAAAAAGAUUAGUAAGAGAAAGCAUUCAAGUGUUGUUGAGGUGGUUGCUGUGAGCAUAGAUGGGUGCAGCACUAGUGAUGAAUACUUCAUGGAUAAAGGGUGGUUUGUAUGCCGUGCAGACCCAUCCAAUUCAGCUAAGCUUUGUGUAGAAUACUUCCAUCCUCUCUUUGGGCCACACGAGGCUGUUGUUGCAUUUGGUGAAGAUGGUGUUAUUCAAUCUAUAGAUGCUUCACAUAUUUUGGAAUGUCAAGGUCCUCCAUUCCAUGGCAGUCUACGUGAAGAGAUUUCUCAAGAAUUUGAGUACGCGGGCUUUAAUUAUAUGCGGCAUUAUGACUACAGUUCAUUUAUGAAGAAAGAUGCUGAUGAGAUGGAGGUGGAAAGGGAUGUUGAUGUGUUUACUAUGCAUGAUGAGAUUGGAGGAUCAGACUUAGAGUCCAGUAUUUCGAAGCGUCUCCGCCGAUCGACAUCUAAUAAGGGGUAACCAAAGCCAAGAAGAGACGAAAUCGCAGAAGAAGACUUAAGGUAUUAAGGGUAGAUAAUUGAAAUCAGUACCAUUACACCAUUAAAACAUUGAGCAAAUU